AUGGACAGCUUCUUCAAAGCGGCUGUUUGUGACCUGGACAAAGUGCUGGAUGACUUUGAGCUCAGCGCAGAAGAAGCGGAUUGCAGGUCAGUCUUCUGGAAGCCGCAGCCGUACGACUUCUCCACUCUGGGCUCCUCCGAAGUGUCGGACCUGGCCCCCACUCUGCCCCCGAACUUACUCCACCCCAGUUCUCUCCAUUACGCGACCGCCGGCACAAGCGGCAGCCUUGCAGACCGGAACGGGGAAGUCCAAGUUCAGCCUCUGACCGGGGUGGACCUGCUGUCCUCCGUCGAUCGCGGCGCCUCUCAAAGCUCGGCGCCCCCUUGCCCCGAUCGGGCGCCGGAGCCCCUUUGUGACCUCGUCAACGACACCAGUUCGGCUGCCCCGGUGCGAGUCGAUAGCCGCGAUGCUUUUGCAGAGCCGGAGGAGGACGAGGACCGCGAAGAGGAAGCGCUACUGGUGGACUUUGGUGACUCGGAGGAGCGAGGUCCUCCCUGCCAGAACUCCGAACCCUGCCGGCAGCUGUCCGGAUCCUCCUUCAGUCUUCUCGACGUCAUUCUUCCGGCAGUACCUGCCGAGAAUGCGCGAGAAGUCGACGCGCAAGAUGAAGGUUAUGAUGAGGAGACUCAAGAAGAUGACGUAUUGUCAGAACCUGACGACCGGGAGGACCGGCGUCCGAGCACCCUAUCCUCAAGCCCGCCCUCAGGUCAAAAUGAGGAAGUCUCUCCAAAAGACUCUGAUGACGAAGCUUCUGGAGGGGGCUCUCGGCUCCCGGAGCCCAAAGAGCAAGUGCAAGUGGAGCAUACAGCAGCAGACCCUCAGUUGGGUUUGGACACUCCUUGCUCAGAGGAACUCCUUGACUCUGAACCCCUUCUCCUUGUCCCUCCCGCUGAACCUUUGCGCUCAGAUGUCCCCGAGCUGAGCCCGGAGGACCCUCAGGAGUUUGGUUUUGAAUAUCUCCCCGAGAGCGAGCGGGCCCACCUGCCGGUGACGGAUGAGGAAUUGGACGCCUUCCUUAGGGCCGGCGCCGAGGCAGAGCGGGACGUAGAGAUAUCGGCGGAGGACCACCAGCCGAGAAAUGCGGUUCUUCCCGAUGAGGAUCUGGAGCGAGUGUUCGCGGACACGGAACUGGGCAGCCGCCUGGAAGAUCUAGAAUGUCCGGCCUGUCCGGAAAGUGACGUCGUACAUUUGGGGUCGCCCUUUCGGGACUCUCUUUAUCAGGAAGAUUCCUCUGAAGGGAGCCAUUCCUUUAUCGGCAACUCUUUGCAGUCGGAGCAGCAGCUUUCCUACGGAGGAGCGAGACCCAAACAGCCGCUCUCUCCCGCUGUCAGAUGUCCCUCAUCGACAGAGGAAGACGACGAGCCGCCCGCUUAUUCUUCUCGACUGGAUGACGACGACGACGACAGCCCAUGUGCCGGCCGAGGCUUCGCUCUCGCCAGCAGCCCACCGUACCCCGGGACAUCCGCGGCAGCUUCCGACCAACUCUCGGAACCCCCGCCCUACAUUGACGACGCGGAGGAGGAGCAGCUGGGAAGCCGGCAGCCCGAUUGGGUGCCCGACUCGGAAGCCCCUAACUGCAUGAAUUGCUCACAGAAGUUUACCUUCACCAAGAGGCGCCAUCAUUGUCGCGCCUGUGGGAAAGUGUACUGCGGUGUCUGCUGCAACAGGAAGUCCAAACUCAAGUACUUGGAGAAGGAGGCACGCGUUUGUGUCGUCUGCUUCGACACUUUGCACAGAGCUCAGGCGCUGGAGCGGAUGAUGAGCCCGGCGGGUCCCAGUCCAAACCCCAACGUCCCGUCCGAGUACUGCAGCACCAUCCCGCCCUUGCAGCAGGCGCGUGCUGCCGGCACGCUCACCUCUGCGCCGCCCACCGUCAUGGUGCCCGUUUCGGCGCUCAAACAGCCGAGCAGCGACGGCGGCACUCGGGAGCACAAGCGCGUGUGGUUCGCCGACGGCAUCCUGCCUAACGGGGAAGUGGCCGACACCACCAAGUUGUCGGCGACCAGCGGCCGCGGGACCUCGCGGGAGGCAGAAGAAAUCACGCCGAGCUCCGGUUCCGAGGUCCCCGAACCCCAAGAGGUGAUCGCCCGGCCUCCGUGUGGCCCCUGGGACUACUCCCUGCUGGCGGGGUUGGGCCCCGCCGUAAGGAAGGCACCCAGUCUGCUGCCCGACGACGAGGACCAACUUCCUCCUCUGCUUGUCGCCGCCGGAGAGGACAUGGCGGGAGACGUGUUGGUGGAGGAAAGCCCGGCCCCUUGUCAGAUUCGACACCUUUUGGAGGAAGGGGGUCCUCGCCCUUUGACCUUUGUCCUCAACGCCAACCUGCUGGUCAACAUCAAGAUUGUGACGUACGGCGGGCGUCAAUGUUGGUGCCUGGGCUCCAACGGGCUGCGGGCUUGGGGCCAGAGAGAGCUGGUCUUCCUCCUGGAGCGCGUCCCCGAAGAGCGAAAUCUCCCCCGAGACCUCUUGGCGCUUUUUCUCAGCGUUCAGCAGGACGCGCAAAGAGGCAAGUUCGUGGAGGAGCUGGACAACGUGAGCUUUGCCGGCAGCUUCCUGGACAGCAAAGAUCACGGCGGGAUGCUCUUCUUUUCUCCCAGCUUCCAGCCGCUGGAUGGCCUGCCUCUCCCUGACCGCCCUUUCCUUUUUGGCGUUCUGGUCCACAAGCUGGAGGUGCCUUGGGCCAAGGUCUUCCCGCUUAGGCUACUUCUGCGACUCGGGGCCGAAUAUAGCGUGUACCCCGGCACGCCAGUCAGCGUGCGCUUUCGCCCGUCGGUGUAUCGUGAGACCGGACACACCAUCAUGAACCUGCUGGCGGACCUGAGGAACUACCAGUACAGCCUGCCGUCCGUAAAGGGUUUGACCAUCCAUAUGGAAAUGGGCCACAGCUACAUCGACAUCCCAAAAAGCAGUUUCGAUGAGAUGCAAAAGGUGGUGAGCGCCGCCAACGAGCACGUCAUCAGCAUCGGCGCCGAAUUCAGCCGGCGGGCCGACUCCCACCUGGUGUGCUUCCAGAACGAGGACGGCACGUACCAGACGAGAGCCAGCAGCGCGCCCGGCAAGACGCGCGAAGUGACGGGGGCCGGCUUCGUGGUCUUCAACGGUGCCCUCAAAGCGUCGUCGGGAUUCAUCGCAAAGUCCAGCAUUGUGGAAGACGGCCUGAUGGUGCAGAUGCCGGCAGAGACCAUGGAGGCCUUACGUGCCGCCCUGCGCGAUCAGAACGACUUUGACAUCUCGUGCGGCAAAACGGACCAAACCGAACUGCGGGAAACGGUCACUGUGCGCUGGCUGGACAGCUCACCGCCCACCCACACUGGAUCAACCAGCGCCGUCGACGGGAGGAGCCUGGACGACGCGCGGGGCGUCAGGAUGCGGCAGGACGGCGAUUUCCGCUCCGACGGACGCGCCAUCGGAUGUUCGGAGGUCUUCUACCGGCCGCCGUCGGAGCCGUCCUGCGACGUGUUCCAGAAGGAAGUGGCAGCCGCCGCCUGCGGCGCUCUGACGCGCCACCUCGCCGUCCUGACCGCCGGCAACGUCAACUCGCUCAGCCUGCGGGUCUCCACGCACGGAGACGUGGUGGAGUACCAGGCCGGGUCGGGCGGGUGCCCCCUACCUCAGCAUUACAUGAAUGAGCUGGACAGCGCGCUGAUCCCCGUCAUCCACGGCGGAAGCAGCGGCACGCCGCCUCCUGCCUCGGACGUGGAGUUGCUUUUCUUCAUCACGCACGCCAUCUAA